AAGAACAUAAAUGCUAUAAUAUUGGCAGAUUCUUUUUCAGAAGUUCUUUAGAAAAUAUCCCUAAAAAGUGUUACUUUCUGCUAGAUCCUUUACCGCAUUGCUCCAACAAGGAAGUAGUCCCAAGCAUGAAUACUCUGCUUCUGUUUAUGAGUGUGCUAGGUAUAUCCUUUGCUUCUCCAAUCAAAAGAAGCAUAAAUUUGCUUGGAAGUGGCUAUGUGGAAAAUGUUGCCAAUGUUAAUGCCAUUAAUGCAAACAAAGAAAUCUUAAGCAAUGGCUCUGGGAAUGCUGGGAGGAACCAACAGAAUGGCAAGAAUGAAAACGAUGGGCACCCAGAAGGAGCAAAAUUCAGUAAUUAUACAAGAGGACCCAAUCAAACUGGAGAGGUGUCUGCAAUUGAUAUUAACAAUCCUCAGGGGGCUUAUGAGGAUAAAUCCAAUAAUCAACCAGCCCCUGAGGACCCUGCUAAUACCCAGGGAACACAAAACAUUGAUCAAAAUGCUGAGCUCCGCACAGGGAAAAGAAUUAACCAUCCUCAUUUAGACCUUCAUGUGAACACAAACCGCAGCAGUGAACAGAAUCAAUCUGAACAUUUGCCAGGGAAAAACAGCGUUUAUGGUUCAGCAUGGGCAGAAGAGGGUUUUGCACCUGAGGAUGCAGAGCUCUCCACUGACAAACAAGAUGUCAUAAAAGCCCACAGUGACAGUGGCUUUAAUGUAGGGGAAAAGGAUGAGAAUAUGGAUAAUGGCCACCAUCAUUCAGACAACUGUUAUUUUAACGAUGAAGGCAUGCAAAGGGUUGAUCCAGGUAAUGCUGGUGAUAGUGCUGACUCUAACUCUAGUCAGCAGGAAGAAAGCAAUAGUGACUCUGCACAAUCCACUCCAAAACACUGCAAGAGUAUUCCCAGUGAAUCAAAGAGUAAAUCUGCUCAUCAGAAUACUAGUGUCUCCAGUGAUUCCAUCAGCCCCAGUGCCACAAGUGACUCCAGCGACCCCAGUGCCUCAAGUGACUCCAGUGACCCCAGUGCCUCAAGUGAUUCUAGUGAUUCCAGUGCCUCAAGUGACUCCAAUAAUUCCAGUGAAUCCAGCAGCUCCAGUAAUUCCAGUGAAUCCAGCAGCUCCAGUAAUUCCGGUGAAUCCAAUGAAACAAGACAGUAUUCAAUAAGUCAAUAGUGACAUUCCAAAGGCAUCAGAUACCAGCCGCCGGCAAAACAGAGAAAAAGGCAAUAGCCUGCAAACAGGUAUCAGUGAAAAUAAUUCUGAUGAUUCAAGUAACUAAAACUAAAUUGGUAAAUGGUAACAACCACAGCGGAAAAGAUACCUCUCCAAUAGUAUCCCAGAAUAAGUACUGUAGCUUUCUAAAGGACUCUACAUAAUCUGCUUUGGUGGUUGCCCAAUUUCAUUAUUGUUAAGCUUUUCAUAAUGAAAGAGAAUAUUGUGUUGCAUGAACAAGCAUAUUUGCCUUCUCCAUUUGCAGCCUGUGGUUCAAAUUCUGUUUUCACUGACACCUGUGCAACCCCAGUGACUUGGGUGUCACUUGGAGAUGAAUUUGUUUCAAAUUCAAAUCGUUCCAGAAUGUUUCAAUGACAUUGUGUAACUGUGCCUUGUAGCCUAGCACUGCAGAAUCUUAGCGUAAUUAAUAUUUCAAAUUUUCUUUACACAUUUGUAAUUUCUUAAUCAGAGCUAUAAGAAAGAUUGUUGUUUACCAUGCUGUGUCAAAGGUAUUUCCCACUGCUGCCUUGUAUCACUGUUAUCUGUAACCUGUUCAUUCUUUCCAGCUACUCUUCAGCCUCAUCUAUUUGCAGUAGUAAUAGAACGUCCCAGGGUGACGUGCAUUAGAAAGAAAGGGGUGGUUUGGUGGAAUAUGUGAAUUUAGCAGGUAGCACCAGUUCGGUCUCUACUGAGUCUAUCACAUGACAGAAAGCACAUGUGGCACUAAGUGACACGCUUGUUGGUGUAAUGACCACAACAUUCUCUGCUGUAGUUGGCCUCUAUAGGUCAGAAUUGAGGCAUAUUAGUGAAGCAACAUUGGAGGGACUGUACUACUGAGGUG